AUGGCCAAGAAACCAACUCAAAAACAAAAAGCUGCACAAACUGCACAAACUGCUUCAAACAAUAAAAAGACAAUCGCAAAACAGAUUGACGCAGCUUUAGAUGAGCCAUUAAAUGCAGAUGCUCCACCUACCAUCUACGGUACAACCCUAAAACCUGAGCUAGCCACAGCUGCAUUAAAUUUAUCGGUUGAUUUUUUGAAGCAACAACAAGCUGCUGCAAACAAAUAUGCUGCUUGGCACCCAUUCAAUUUCAUGUGGAUUACUUUAGUCGUAGCCAUUUAUUUAGGGUUCAACACUACAUACCCUGACUUUAAAGAAGCUAGUAGUGUUACUUCCUGGAUUUUUCAAUAUAUCUCAAUGAAUAUGACAGAAAUUGGUUCGUCCUUUUUAAUUUUUGGAAUUAGUUGUAGUAUUUUUUUCACUUUGUUUGGUCGAAUUAUCAAUAGUUUAUUUUCCAAUAAGAUCAAUGUUAUUUUGAAAACCCAUGGUCAAGAUAUCUUUUCUUUAGACCUAUCAACUUUGAUGACCGGUGUUUCUCCCAAUGAAUCAAACCUGAUUGGAAACACCCACGUUAUUGUUUAUAGAGACACUCCUAUCUCCUUGAUUUCCAUCAAAGAAAAUAAAGAUUUGACCACUGAAACCAAACUAGUUAUGGACAUCACCAGUUUAGGUUCCAGGAAAGUUUAUGCCAAAAGUGGGAUUUUAGAGGACCUAAUCAAAUGGGCUAUGCUAAGAACUAAAGAUUUACGUGCAAAUCCAAAGCAAAAUUCCAUGAUGUUAUUAAUGGAUGCCUAUAGUUUUGACCAUGUUACUAAAGAAGCUUUAAGAAAAUGUCAAUUUAAAAUGAUCGAAAGCUAUAAAUUAGAUGAAAGUAGAAUAAUAGGCGGUAUAUUGGGCGCCAGAAAGGAAUUGUGGGGAUUAUCUUUUGAUUUCCGUCCAAAGGCACCAUCAAAGAACUAA